AUGCGCGAUGCAGUGAACGCCGAAUUUGAUAGACUGGAGCGGCUCAACAUCAUCACACCAGUCCAGCACUCCGAGUGGGCAGCACCGAUUGUAGUGGUACGCAAGUCGAAUGGACAACUAAGAAUAUACGGAGACUAUUCGACGGGACUCAACGCAUCACUCUACACCCAUGACUAUCCGCUGCCACUGCCACAGGACAUCUACACCAAACUGGGUAACUCGACAAUUUCUAGCCAAAUUGACUUAUAUGAUGCUUCCUUACAGGUCCCCAUUGCCGAGCAAAAGCGCCGCUUGCUCACCAUAAACACGCAUAAAGGGUUGUACCUGUAUAAUUGCCUGCCACCAGGGAUUAAAGUAGCACCAGGCACAUUUCAGCAGCAAAUAAUGGUCCAUAACCAAAUGCUUGCUGGAAUGGAACGUGUCGCGAGUUACAUGGACGACGUUAUCGUUGGUGGACGAACACAACGGGAACACGACGACGUACUAAACGAAACCCUAAGACGCAUUCAGGAGUAUGGUUUCACCAUCCGCCUGGAGAAAUGUUCGUUCAACAAACGCCAAGUUCGCUACCUUGGUCACAUCCUCGAUAACCACGGCAUUCGUCCAGACCCAGCCAAAAUAGCAGCGAUAAAGGAUCUUUAA